AUGGCAGAAGAGGAUUGGAUUCCAAUCGGGAUGCAACAGGAUGAGUUCCCAUUCCAGCCGCGGACGGCAGAGGAUUUUCUAAUGGAGCUGCAACAGGACGAGUUCCUGUUCCAGCCGCAGGCAGAAGAGGGAUUUCUAACCGAGAUGGAGCAGGAUGAGUUCCGGUUCCAGCCGCGGACGGCAGAGGAUUUUCUAAUGGAGCUGCAGCAGGAUGAGUUCCCGUUCCACCCGCAGACGGCACAGGAUUAUCUAAUCGAGCUGCAGCAAGCGUUCGAUAUGUGGCGGGCAGAAGAGGGUUUUCCAAUCGUGAAGCAACAGGAGGAGCGCCCGUUCGAGUUCGAGGUCGCCCCGAUGGAGGAGCUGCCGGAGCUGCUGCCGCAGGACCAGUUCGAUUCUUACCUGGAGCACAUGAUGGAGGGGCUACCCCAGGAUGCUAUCGACAGUUUGCAGCAGGAAUUCCCAGCGCUCUUCGGCCAGGCCACGGUGGAAACUCCCCGGUGUCAGCGGGCGGAUCCCGCGGAGGAGCCACGCCCGCCGCUAAUCUAG